AAGGGAUUCUUUCUUGUAGAGAAGGAAAAGGCAGUGGGUUGUGAGAGAGGAUGGCGGAGAUCUGAUGAUCUGACCUGCGGCUUGUCUGUACCGAGUGUGAACAGCUGCAAUCCGCUCAUCAGUGAAAUUGUUCCUACGACUAAGACCCUUAACCUGCAGUCAUGACAGAGUUCUGGUUGAUCUCUGCUCCUGGGGAGAAAACAUGUCAACAAACCUGGGAAAAACUGAUGGCCGCCACUACCAAGAAUAACAACUUGUCUACCAACCACAAAUUUAACAUACCUGACCUAAAGGUCGGCACUCUUGAUGUCCUGGUGGGUUUGUCCGAUGAACUGGCUAAACUGGAUGCAUUUGUAGAAGGAACAGUGAAGAAGGUUGCUCAGUACAUGGCAGACGUAUUGGAGGACAGCAGAGACAAGGUGCAGGAGAAUCUAUUGGCCAGUGGAGUGGACUUGGUCACAUACAUCACAAGGUUCCAGUGGGACAUGGCAAAGUACCCCAUCAAACAGUCUUUGAAGAACAUUUCAGAAAUAAUUGCUAAAGGUGUUACGCAAAUUGACAAUGACCUGAAAGCGAGAGCUUCUGCCUACAACAACUUGAAAGGAAAUCUUCAAAAUCUCGAAAGGAAAAAUGCAGGGAGCCUAAUAACCAGAAGUCUAGCCGAAAUUGUGAAGAAAGAAGACUUUGUCUUGGACUCAGAAUACUUGAUCACUCUAUUAGUUGUUGUCCCAAAACUUAAUUAUAAUGACUGGAUGAAGCAAUAUGAAACUCUGGCCGAGAUGGUGGUGCCCCGGUCCAGCAGUGUGUUAUCAGAAGACCAAGACAGCUACCUGUGUAAUGUCACCCUGUUCAGAAAAGCAGUGGACGACUUCCGGCACAAAGCCAGAGAAAAUAAGUAUGUUGUCCGUGAUUUCCAGUAUAACGAAGAAGAGAUGAAAGCCGAUAAAGAAGAAAUGAACAGACUGUCUACUGAUAAGAAAAAACAGUUUGGUCCUCUGGUACGAUGGCUCAAAGUUAAUUUCAGUGAAGCUUUCAUUGCCUGGAUCCAUGUGAAAGCUCUGCGGGUGUUUGUAGAGUCUGUAUUAAGGUAUGGGUUACCUGUGAACUUCCAAGCCAUGCUGCUUCAGCCCAGUAAGAAGACAAUGAAAAAGCUGCGGGAAGUCUUGUAUGAUUUGUACAAACACCUGGACAGCAGCGCGGCCUCCAUUAUUGAUGCUCCUAUGGAUAUACCUGGAUUAAACCUCAGCCAGCAGGAUUACUACCCCUACGUCUACUACAAGAUCGACUGCAAUUUGCUGGAAUUUAAGUAAAGAAAACCCGGUAUCUGUGUUAUUGGAGCAGAGAUGAAGUACAGUGAUUCUCCUAUCUAAUCCUCCCUGUGCUCGCUUCUCAUGCCUCUACCCAGGAUGAUUAAACUUCCCUUGCCCCUGUCCCUUAGUACCCCCAUUUGACAUUUAUUUACUUUGUUUUCCUUUUAAAUAAUAUUCAGUAGAUAUUGUCGCUUUUAACUAAUGAGUUAUGUAAAUGUUCACCAAGCAAAAAUAAGAGUCUAUUUAUAAAGAGAAUUAUUUAAGGCUGGCAUUGCCCCCCGCGACACCCCGCGACACCCCGUAGAUGUCAUUCCUCAUCUGUACGGUGAUCUGCAUUCAUUCUUCUCGUCAGCGCUGCUCGUAGCUACUUCUUGUUUACAAGGGGCUAUGGUGUAAUUGUUUUAUACCAUUCCAUUCACUGUAUUUAGUUCAUACAUGGUGUUUCGAUGUGGAGUUGUGAUGUAAAGUGUAAUGUAAUAUUUAACGUAUGUGCUUUCUGUAUAUUUGAUAAAAAUCUCUAGAACACUGUCGGCACACACAAGGAAAAGACAAUUAAACCAAUCUAAAUGGUAA